AUGGAGGCUCUUGAGCUCAAGGCCCGCUAUUUCGUCGCCAACGCCAUGACUACCACGUAUGUCGAGGUUUCAAAACGCUAUAUCAUGCCGGGUGUCGCUCAGACCGAUCGCUUGAGCUUGCCAGAUGCGCCCAACAUGUCAAAGGAAGAACGCAUGCAAAAGAACAAGGAGGUCAAUCAGCUAGCCAAGGAGGCUAGGUUGAAUGUUACACGUCUUGCGAACGCUUGUCGCGAUCAGUACGUCGCAACCAUGUCCGAGAAGCGGGGUGAGAUUGAAGAGAUGGAAGGGCAGGGAAAUGAAGCGUUAGAUAAGACGAAUUAG